CAUACGACACGACUUCUUCGGGGGAGAAAAUAAUUGUGGGUCUUGCGCCUGUGGGGCUGGUUGUUGGUAGACUCGCCGAGGGAUUAGUUACGCUGCCACCCGCCAAACACCUCUUUCAAGAUGUGGGAGCGGGUAGAUACGUCUGUUCCAAAUAAUAAUAAUAAAGCAUUUAAUACCUAAUUGUCAACGAAUGAGGUCAAAAGUCAACCUGAGGUCUCAUUUACCUACCAAAAAAAGGAUCCUUAUUGAUUCCCGUAUCGAACAUCUCUAUCAAACUUAAAAAAACCUCAGUUCUCUUAAUUCCACCAAUCGAACCUCUCCUGCAAUCACUCAGCCUCAGCUACUCAGAGCAUUUGAUCUCAUUGAAUGCUCUCUCAUGGAUCGCUUUCACGUUCAUAAUUGGGGUAUUUUCUCCUUCAUCCUCUUCUCCAUCACCACUCUGCUCUCUCUCCCACUAUGCCGCUCAUCCACCUCAAUCGAUAUAAACCAUUCUCUCACUGACGGCGAAAUCCUCGCCUCACCUGCCGGGGUCUUCAAACUCGGCUUCUUCACCGUAGGAAAUGCGGGAAACCGCUACGUCGGCAUCUGGGAGAACAACUUCUCCGUUGAGAACGUCGUCUGGGUCGCCAAUCGCGAGAGGCCUAUCCCCAACCGCUCCGGCUCUAUCGCCAUCAUCGGAGACGGAAAUAUCGCCGUCCUCGAUGGUGCUCGGCGAGUCCUGUGGUCAUCGAACGCGAAACUCCGGUCCAACAAAUCGACGGUGGAGCUCUCAGAUUUUGGCGACCUGAUGCUCAACAACUCCGGCGCCAUCGCAUGGGAGAGCUUCGACCAUCCGUGCAAUACCUACCUUGCUGGUAUGAAGAUAGGGCUCGAUCUCAGCAACAACUUGAGCAGACUGUUCACCUCUUGGAAGACGGCGGAUGAUCCCUCUCCUGGUAAUUUCACUCUCGGCGUCGACCCCUCGGCGCAAAUCUUUAUAUGGGAGGGAAGCCGGCCGUGGUGGCGUUCCGGCCAGUGGAACGGCCAGGUGUUCAUUGGAAUACCGGACAUGGUAUUCGCAGCCGCUUAUGGAUUCAAGCUUAGCAUCUUCAACGAAGGAAACAAGAGGUAUUACUACACAGAUUUCAAUAGCUCGCAUCGAUGGGUUCUUACCCCUACUGGAACAGUGAAGCAUUUGUUUUAUUUGAAGAGCACCAAGACUUGGCUUAAUUUAUGGGAAGCGCCGGCGACAGAAUGCGAAAAGUAUAACAGAUGCGGAGAUUAUGGAAGCUGCACUGAUGGGGCGGAGCCGAUUUGUAGCUGCUUGAAGGGAUUCGUGCCGAGGCUUGCAAGUGAAUGGAGCAAUGGGAACUGGACGAAGGGGUGCGUGAGGAGGACGCCGUUACAAUGUGAAGGCAACGGGGUGGAGCCUGAUCAGUUCUAUUUGAUGCAAGGUAUAAAGCUGCCGGAUUAUUCAGAACUGGCUACUCAGGUGGUGAAUGUGAAUGACUGCGGAGAGUUUUGCAUGAGGAAUUGCUCUUGCAAUGCUUACAGUUUUGUGGAUGCCAUUGGGUGUAUGAUUUGGGGAGUCAAUUUGGCUGACAUUAAUGUCUUCACAAGCGGAGGGAAUGAUCUGUAUCUUCGCCUUUCUGCUUCGGAAUUCAACCAAGGUGAGGCCAUAAGUGACAAGAAGAAGGCUCUAGCAGCUUAUAUCAUAGUGAUUAUUGUUUUGGCUGGACUGUUUUUGAUAGGAUGCAUCACAGUCUUGUUUCGCAAUUUUAAGAAAAGAGAGAAGAAAGAGCUUUCUCCGCCAAAGAUGAAUCAAGGAGUGGGAGCAAUUUCUGAUGUUAUUGAUAUACAUGGUGAAGGAAAAGAAGAUGGAUGCCACGAAAUUCCCUUUGUUAGUUUCAGUACCAUUCUAGCAGCAACAGAGGGCUUCUCUCAAUCAAAUUUGCUUGGGAGAGGAGGAUUUGGCCCUGUUUACAAAGGCAUUCUUCCAGGAGGCCAAGAAAUAGCCGUAAAAAGACUUUCUAGGGGUUCAGGGCAAGGCAUGGAGGAAUUCAAAAAUGAGGUCAUCCUCAUUUCAAAGUUACAACAUAUAAAUCUUGUCAGACUUUUAGGCUUCUGCACUGAGAAUGAAGAUCAAAUUCUAGUCUAUGAGUAUAUGCCAAACAAAAGCCUUGAUUCUUUCAUUUUUGAACCUAGCAAGAAAGAACAAUUAGAUUGGAAGAUACGGUACAAAAUCAUAGAAGGAAUUGCUCGAGGACUCCUCUAUCUUCAUCGAGACUCGAGGUUACGAAUCAUACAUCGUGAUUUGAAAGUCAGCAACAUUUUAUUAGAUGAAGGGAUGCAUCCAAAAAUUUCCGACUUUGGACUUGCAAGAAUAUUUAGGAGCGACAACAACGAAACAACCACGAAACGGGUGGUUGGGACGUAUGGUUACAUGUCACCAGAAUAUGCAAUGCAUGGUCUGUUCUCUGUGAAAUCUGAUGUCUACAGCUUUGGCGUACUACUCUUAGAGAUUAUUAGUGGGAAGAAAAACAGCACAUAUUGCCAUCCUGGAUUGAAUCUCAACCUCCUUGCGUAUGCUUGGAAGCUAUGGAAUGAGGAAAAUGUGAUGGAGUUUGUGGAUCAAUCAUUAAGGGAUUCAUUCUCACCUGUUGAGGUAUCAAGAUGUAUCCACUUGGGCCUCUUGUGUGUUCAGGAUCGAGCCAACGAUAGACCAACAAUGUCUUCAGUGAUUGUAAUGCUGGAAAGCGAUGUUGAAGUUCAUACUGUGCCAAGCCAGCCAACUUUUACAUUCGAAAAAAUUCCUAGUGAUGCUCAGUCACAGUCAUCUAAUGAUAGAGCAUGCCGUGUCUUUGAUUCUAUCACCAUUUUGACAGGUCGGUAGUUGUCAAGCUUUUUACUGGGAAACUGUUUUUUUUUUUUAUGGGACAGGGGAUUCGAGCCCGGAUGAGAUGGGAGGAAUUUCUUUCGCCGACCACUCGGCCGCAGACCCAAUUUCAUACUGGUAAACUGUAGCUUGCUAGUAUUUGUUCAACUUUGGGGGAAAUAAUUGUUUUACUUAGGUAAUUGUAUCUGGGGACUUCUGAUGUAGGAGAUAGUCCUUGUAAACAACAAUCAUCCCAGAUAAAUACUGUUCAUUUCCAAUCAAUUUGAGAUUGAAUGAAAGGAAGAGGGGAUGAUUUCA